CAGUUUGUUUGUGGAUUUCCGAUUUCCAAAGAGCAACGAAACAGAAAACCGGGCUGUAGAUUAACAGUUAUCAAAGGUAAUUUUUCAGUAGUUUCGUGUAAAAAUGUUGCGUAAAAAGUUUAAACUUAACGAGCAAACGGAUCCCGAAGCACCCGAGGCCAAUUACCACCCGAAAGAAUUUUCACUGAGCCAGUUUGCCAAUGAACCGAAAACGCAAAUCUAUCAAAACAACAAAUCGAACGAUCAGCAGCAAAUCGCCACCUCUUAUUCAGUUCCGUACUCGAACCUGCCAAAAUCGGAUCAUCACCAUGAACCAAGUGCAGCAUCAACAAUGGUACCAUUUUGGUAUGAAAUCUACCGGCUCGAGGUGGAGCUUUGUGAAUCUUUAAAACAAAUUCCUCUUCCGGCGGACGUUGCUGCUGUAUACAAUCCGAUUGAGUAUGCUUGCGAAUUGCAUCAGGCUUACAUGCAGCGCUACCUGGACGGACACAAACCUGUGCUGUUUCUCGGCAUGAAUCCGGGCCCAUGGGGAAUGUGUCAAACGGGGAUACCUUUUGGUUACGUUCCGGCGGUCCGAGAUUGGUUGCAGUUGCAGGGGAAAGUCCUCAAACCAAUAGGAGAACUUCAAGCUCGGCCUGUUGAUGGACUGAACUGUACCCGUGGCGAACAGAGUGGCCAACGCUGGUGGGGAUUGUAUCAGGAAUUGUGCGGAACCCCGGAAGUGUUUUUCCGACACUGUUUCGUGUAUAAUAUUUGUCCGCUAGCGUUUUUUCAUUCCAGUGGGAGGAAUAUCACGCCUGCCGAUUUAAAGGGAGCCCCGAAGCUCCGCAUGCAGGAAGUCUGCACUCAGUACCUGAAAAUUGCCUUGGACCUGUUCAAUCCUACCGUUGUUGUAUCUGUUGGUCGUUACACCGAAGAUCGAGUAAAGGCUUUGGUGCGACAGCAACUUGUGGAUCCCACCCGGGUGCGUUUGCUGUGUAUGCCCCAUCCAAGUCCACGCAGUCUUAAUAAUACAAACUGGAACGAAAAAGCCAAGCUGUGGAUCGAAGAAAAUGGCCUGAUGCCAUUUCUUUGUGGCUAA